CUCCGCCCGCCGCAUCGUUCUCGCUGACCAAGGCAAACCCUAGGAGGAACCCUCCGCUCACGUUCCGUCACGGCUACAAAUACUCCGCCUCCAACUCCAAAGCGCCACGGCCACGCUGCUCCCUCUGGCUUCCAGCCUCUUCGCCUCCUCCGCCCCCGCUUCCCUCCGCCGGUCCCUCAUGGCCGCCUCCACCACUGCGGCAGUCUCCUCCCCGGCGGCAGUCGUCGCCCACUCCACCCGCGCCGCCUCCCGCCGGGGGUUCGUCACGUUCGGUGGCGCCGCCCGCUCGCCCGCGCUGCGGUCCGGCCGCGGGUUCUCCGGUGUCCUAACACAUGUUGCAGCUGUUGAAGCAGUUGUAAAAGAUGCUACUAAGCUGGAAGCUCCAGUUGUUGUUGUUACAGGUGCCUCCAGAGGGAUUGGGAAGGCCACUGCAUUAGCUCUUGGAAAAGCUGGUUGCAAGGUCCUGGUGAACUAUGCCCGGUCCUCAAAAGAGGCUGAUGAUGUCUCCAAAGAGAUUGAAGCAGCUGGUGGUGAGGCUAUCACCUUUGAAGGGGAUGUUUCAAAAGAAGCUGAUGUGGAGUCUAUGAUGAAAGCGGCUCUUGAUAAAUGGGGAACAAUAGAUGUGCUGGUAAAUAAUGCAGGGAUUACACGGGACACAUUAUUGAUGCGGAUGAAGAAAUCUCAGUGGCAAGAUGUUAUUGAUCUGAAUCUUACUGGUGUCUUUCUGUGUACACAGGCUGCCACAAAAGUAAUGAUGAAGAAGAAAAAGGGAAGAAUCAUCAAUAUAGCAUCAGUGGUUGGCCUUACUGGGAAUAUUGGCCAAGCUAAUUACAGUGCGGCCAAGGCUGGGGUGAUUGGCUUCACAAAAACAGUUGCUAGGGAAUAUGCAAGUAGAAAUAUCAAUGUGAAUGCUAUUGCACCAGGAUUCAUUGCAUCUGAUAUGACUGCCGAACUUGGAGAGGAGCUUGAGAAGAAAAUCUUGUCAACUAUUCCAUUGGGGAGAUAUGGCCAACCAGAGGAAGUUGCGGGCUUGGUCCAGUUUUUGGCCCUUAAUCCAGCGGCUAGCUAUAUCACCGGACAGGUGCUCACCAUUGAUGGAGGGAUGGUAAUGUAAGCUCCAAGUUUGAUGGACUUCGAUUUCCUCAGCCUGAAUUGAUGUUAUACGUGUUACGGGCGAUUUUUGGACAACAAAUUUAGGGUUCUGUCCUUGCUUUGUUACUCACUGGAAUAAAUCAUGCAUGGGGAAUUUGAGUUAUAUCUUCGCUGCCAUGAUAUGUGUCAAUUUCUCGAGGUUCUCUGAUCCUUGCUGAUAGAUACCCCUCGUAUUCUACUUAUCCGUGAUCGGAAAAACUGAGAGAAUGAUCAAUUGCGAUAGUUUUAGACAUGUUAAUGGUCAAACUUUAAGAAGUCUAGUACUAUACAAUUCUAAGACGUACUUCCUUCACUCUUUUGUUUGAUGUCUCAGGGCAUCUCCGAAAAGAACAUGUCGGCAGGCUAUAAGUUUUACUGCAUCAUAUGUAUGCUUACAUGGAUGAGAGGAGAGAAGAAAUAUUGGAGGUCGUUUGCAAAUAUAGACAACUAUAUACCAC